CAAACUAGUCGGUUAAAUCUGGUUCGCUGAUUCAAAGCGGCUGCAGAUUCUUUUAUUUUCUCUCCUAGCUCAGGAAUUCUCCUGUUUUUGUAGUUUUUUGAGUUUUUGCAGCGAGUAGUUUGUCUGUAACUCUCCGGGCGGGCAGCACUGCGCCUGCGCGGCUGGAUGGACCAAAACGAGGCUGAAUUGAUCUGAAAAAACGCUUUUAUUGAGGCUUUUGUUCCAGAAUGGAGGCUCGGCUGGACCCGGGGGACGUAGAACGGGCCCGGAGCUUCUGGGCCGAGGAGGACGUGGACCAGGUCUUUACAGGGGUUCUGGUUUACCUGGACCGGCUGAAGGGGGCGCUGAAGGCCGGCACGGCCUCCGAUAAAGAGUACGUCCAGGGCCUGAAGCUGCUGGAGUGUCUGGACGGCCCCGCCCCGUCCCCCCCGUCCCCCCCGUCUCCCCGGGACCCGGACAAGGACUGGUCGGUGGUGCAGGUGGUGAUCGGGUCGGGGGAGGUGCUGCCGGGCCACCCCCACCGGGGCGAGCCCCCCCAGCAGGGCGUGGCCUCCCCCCACCGGGCCGAGGCCUCCCCCGGCCCCCCCAACGGGAAGGUUCCCUCCCCGGCCGGCCGGGAGGAGCUGCUGGCCCCGCUGGCCGUGGUGCAGCUGCAGUACGAGCCGCACCGCUGCUGCAGGACCUGCCUGCCUACGUUACCCAGACUGCACCAGGCCGUGACUCCGUUCUGGGGCCACAACCCCCUGAAGGUUCCGCUGCUCUGCGGCUUCAAGCGUCUCAGCGCCAUGCCGCUGAUGUCAUCGCCCCCAGGGGGCGGAGCCUGGGACGCCCAGGGGGGCGGGGCCUGGGACGGCGAGGAGGCGGAGCUAAACUGGGACAAGUGGGACGUGGUUUACAAGGCGCCGUGUGGACUUAGCCUGCGCAGCUACGACGACGUCAUGUGCUACCUGCUGUGUACGGACAGUUACGACGUCCUGCAGGUGGACUUCUUCACCUUCAACCCGGCCGUGCUGCUGGACCCGCCCCCGGUGCCGGGCUCCAACCAACCAGAGCAGGACCUGAGCUGGGGGGCGGAGCCUACGCCGGUGGAGCUGGUCGCUGCCGGCGACGGCUCCCGUCCCGCCGACUUCCGCUACCGCAAGGACCGCUGGCCGCACGGCUGCUUCCUGAGCCGCGGGCCGGCGCUGUUCCGCUGCUGCUGCGACUGCACCGACGGCUGCGGCGACGCCACGCGCUGCGCCUGCGUCGCCGCGACGACCGGGGGGCGGAGCUACAGCCACCAGCGCCUGAAGGAGCCAGUACCGGCGGGGCUGAUGGAGUGCGGGCCCUGGUGCGGGUGCGACCGGUCCCGCUGCCAGAACCGGCUGGUCCAGAGGGGGAUCCGGGUCCGGCUGCAGGUCUUCCAGACCCGGGACCGAGGAUGGGGGGUCCGGUGCCGGGACGACCUGGACCAGGGGACGUUUAUCUGCAUCUACGCAGGCGUGGUCCUGCAGAGAGUCUACCCGCCCCCCGAGCUGCCCCCCCCGAAGCUUUCCCGGGCUGACCUUCCGUCCGACGACGAGGUGGAGGUGGUGACGGAGUGGCUGGCCCCGCCCCUUCUGCUGGAGGGGCGGGGCCAGCUGGCAGACACGCCCCCUCCGACCAUGUCCCCGCCCACAUCCCCCCCGCUGCACGUGCCCGUCAUCCAGAGGCCCCCGGAGCUCACGGCCCCGGCCCUGGACCGCUACAAGGUGCAGGCCGUGCUGGUCGGAGUUCCGGACUCGUCGUCGCCUUCAGGUGACUCGCCGCCGGAGACGGUCGCCGUGGCGACGGGCGUCAACGGCACGGACGGCGACGGCAGGAACCUGAAGAGAAGAUCCAGCGUGGACGACGUUAGCUUCAUAGACGCUAGCAGGGACGGGAACGUGAGCCGCUUCCUCAACCACAGCUGUCGUCCAAACCUCUUCCUCCAAAACGUUUUCACCGACUCUCACGACCCGGCGUUUCCUGUCGUCGCCUUUUUCACCUCCAGGGUGGUGAAGGCCGGCGGCGAGCUAACCUGGAACUACGCGGCGCAGGCUAGCGCCGCCGCGGCGGACGGACAGGAAGUGCCGUGUCUUUGCUGCAGCGACGGUUGCCGCGGUUACCUGCACGUCCACGAGGAGGAGCUGCUGGAGGCCGACGCCCCCUGACGGCCCUGAAGCCCCGCCCACCGGGGAGCCCCGCCCACCGCGAGGCCCCGCCCACUUCUUAUUCAUGAGUUACCUCGUUUUUCUUCCU